CCGGCAGUAUUGUGAUUGCAUUUGUUUAAGAACGUGGUAAAAAGGUGUAAUUUAUAUUUUCAUUAGUUUUAAUAAUAAAUUUGAAAUAAUCUGCAAAUAUGAGGCUCAGCACUUAUAACUUUUUGACAUCUAAAGCUAUUAAAGGUGUCAAGGUUGGAUUUCCACUAAAGUUGACUAUCGCAAAACAGGACGUUGUUGAAGCCGAUUUUAAUCCAACUUUUAUAGAGCGACUGCUGCCUAGACUUGACUGGUCAGCAAUUCGCUUCUCCGCCGAAGUGGUUGGCUUAGCUGAUGACAUUCCCGCCGAACUGCCAGCAAAUGUGGGUGAAAAUGAGGAAUUAUUAAAGAAACUUCAUCAUUUGUUGUUGGAGAUUGAUGUGCUUGAAGGGCAGCUGGAAUGCCCUGAAACAGGUCGUGUUUUUCCAAUAACCGACGGCAUACCGAAUAUGUUGCUGAACGAGGAUGAGGUUUAAGACGCAGCACACAUUUUUAAUCUGUACAUAUUUAGUUAUUUUUAAUGCCUAUUGCUAAAUCAAAAUAUCUAUGCUUUGUUAUUAACUUUCAUGGUGACAAAAUGAAGUAAAAUUAAUUGACAGAAAUAGAUUUAAUUUAAAAUCAAAAA